UCGGGUCGCACUAGUCAAGUUUAAGCAGCGAUGGUGUACGAGAGUUAUUACGAUUGUUUAGUAUAUUUUUAGGUUAUCUCGGGAACAUUAAUAAAUGAAUAAUCGCAUGAGAUUCAAAAAUGUUUAACUUAAUCAGGAGCAGAGCUCCUUGUUUUCUAAGUAUCCUUCCGUUCGACUUACUUGAUUCGGAUUCUAGAGACAGUGACACAGCUCGAUCAUAUUUUAUCGAACAAAACAAAAAUGAAACCGGCUGGGAUAGGUUAUACUACAUGUACAGCGUCGACGAGUUCGGUAACACAAGUCCAGAGAUGAACUUUGUGAUCCAAGGAGCUUCCCUUGGUACAUUCGUUGGAGUAAUUUACGGAGGUGUUAUGAGAGGACGUUCUACGUAUCUCAACUUUAUAGAGUCGAAUCAGGCUACAAAAUUCAACAGCGUUUUUGAGGCGCAGAGGAAAUUACAGGAUAGAAUGAUGGUGACCUUUUUUAAGGGAGCAUUUCAGUGGGGUUGGAGACUCGGCCUAUUCUGUGGUUCUUAUAUAUUGAUCACCACUUCGAUCUCAGCAUAUAGAGGCAGGUCAUCGAUAGUUGAGUACUCAAUCGCCGGUCUUAUAACUGGUAUGUGUUACAAAUUGAGUUUGGGUCCAUUAGCCAUGCUUGUCGGAGGAGGUCUUGGUGGUGUUCUUGGUAGCGUAGCUGGUUUGAUGUCUCUAGGAUUAUUAAGAUUAUCUGGUAACACAAUGGAAGAAAUCCGAUAUUGGCAAUACACUUGGAAAACAAGUCGUGAUAGCCUCGUACAAAAAGCAUAUAAAAAGCAACAGGAGGAGGAGCUCAUAGAAAAAAUGCACGACUCAAUGGUUCUCAGCAACGCAGAGAAAAUUCAGCAAAAAAAAGUUGAUGCAAAUUUACAGCAAAAUGAUAAACAAUCAACAGAAAUUAAGAGUGGACCGUAAUAAAUUAAUAAUUUCACACCUGUUAAGAUAGAUUAUCUUGUAGAUAUUUUAUUCGUUGUUACACAUAAUUAUAUAAUGUAAUAUAUCAUUUCAAACAA